UGAUUGAGAGUGUCGUGUAUCGUGUCCCAAAUCUGUUCAAAUACUUAUCCGCCCACACAAAAAAGAAAUUAAAACGCCGUUGUAGCUUAUGGGAAUCGACAUUUCUGAACCGUGGAAUUUUAUUUGUUGGUUUUCCUUCUAAUUCUGACGUUUCGGAGAUUUUAAUUUUUCAAUAAAAGGUGUAUUUGCUCCAAAAGGGCGAAGAGGUUUGGUUGAGAGAAUUACGCGUGUCGUUGAAGAGCAACCACGCGAUGAAUCGAAAUUUUACAUCACUUUUGAAUCCAACUUACUUGCAAAGUGCUCAAAAUGCUGCUGCAGCAGCUGCUGCGGCCGCGGCUGCAGUAUCCCAAGCUAUUGCUAAUGGAACUUCCCUUUCAAGAAAGCGCGAAGCAGAUGGCGAUAGCAAGCACGAUAAAGAAUCGAAGGAAGAUCGGAGGAAGCGAAGAAAGUCAAGGUGGGGAGGUAGCGAACAUGACAAAACUUUUAUUCCCGGAAUGCCAACAGUUUUACCAACGAAUCUCACCCCGGAUCAGGAGAAGGCAUACCUCUUUCAGCUGCAGAUUGAGGAAAUCAGCAGGAAACUACGCACCGGAGAUCUUGGAAUACCACUUAACCCCGAGGAAAGAUCACCAUCUCCUGAGCCGAUAUACAGUAGUGAUGGCAAACGGUUAAACACGAGAGAAUAUCGCACAAGACGUAAACUGGAAGAAGAGCGUCAUAAUCUUAUCCAGAACAUAUUGAAAAUCAAUCCAGACUUUAAGCCUCCACCAGAUUACAAGCCUCCGAUUAUACGCGUGCACGAUAAGGUAAUGAUUCCUCAAGAAGAACAUCCAGACAUCAAUUUCGUCGGUUUGUUGAUUGGACCACGCGGAAAUACUCUGAAAUCAAUGGAGAAGGAAACUGGUGCCAAAAUCAUAAUUCGUGGAAAGGGAAGUGUAAAAGAGGGCAAGGUUGGCAGAAAGGACGGACAACCUUUGCCGGGUGAAGAUGAACCUCUGCACGCAUACAUUACUGCGAAUAAUUUAGACGCCGUAAAGAAAGCAGUAGAAAGAAUUCACGAAAUUAUUCGACAAGGCGUGGAAGUUCCUGAAGGUCAAAAUGACUUGCGACGUAAUCAGUUGAGAGAAUUGGCCCUACUGAAUGGAACUUUACGAGAAAAUGAUGGACCGCGCUGCACAAACUGUGGCGCUUCCGAUCACAAAUCAUGGCUGUGUCCUGAUAAACCAAACGUCACCAACAACAUUGUUUGCUCAAGUUGCGGAGGUGCCGGUCAUAUUGCGAGGGAUUGUAGAUCCAAAAGACCAGGUAUGGGAGGACCUGCUGCUGCGGGAAUGGGAGGAAUGGGACAAGCCGGAGACAAAGCAAAAAUUGAUGAGGAAUAUAUGUCACUAAUGGCUGAAUUGGGAGAAGGUCCUCCUCCAGAUAGAUCCAAAACUGCCCAGAGGCAAAACAAUACUGUUCCGAGUACCAACUAUCCUGGCCUCUUUGAUCGACAACAGGCACCGCGAGCUUUGAUGGCAGCACCAGCUCAUCCUCCACCACAAAUGAUGCAGGGCGGUCCUAUGAUGCCUCCUCCAGGAAUGGCUCCUCCACCAUGGUCUCAAGGCGAUAUAAAUAAUAUGAACAACAUGAAUAAUAUGAACAAUAUGAAUGGGAUGAAUAUGCAGUGGCAACCUCCAGUUGGCAUGCCUCCACCACCAGGCGUCAUGCAGCCACCUCCGCCGCCCCCUGGGUCUAACAAUCAAGCAAACAUUCCACCUCUCAUGCCUUGGAUGGCAGGUACGCUUUACAACUCAAACUUUCAACAACCUGGAAACAAUCAGCCCCCGCCGCCAGGUCAAAUGCCGUCCACUCAGAUCCCACCUCCAGGGAUGGGCAUUCCACCCUGGCAACAAAACCAGCAGCAACCAAUGCGACCUCCUCCGCCAGGAACGGCCCCUCCACCAGGUUACCCAACUUGGCAGCAUCAGCAAAUGCAGGGUUGGCCACCUGCUGCUCCAGUUCCACCUCCACCACAGCAGCAGCCAACUCCUGGACCACCCGGUAUCGAUCUAAACUCUUUGCCUACUUUACUCGCCCAACCUCCACCUCCGCCACCCCCGACCAGUUAGUCUGUUUGAGAAUCUAAUUUAAAAAGAAAAACCCUAAAACAAUGGGCGAGUAAGUAACGAAGAGAGAGAGAGAGAGAGAGAGAGAGAGAAAUAAGGAAAGAAUGGCCUAUGUUGCCUAAAGAGUCAGUCUUGAUGUUCAGGUACCUUCUGAAAGAUGGUAAUGAUUAGGUAAAGAAACUAGACGCAUAUUUAGAGUAGGCAAGAAUUACUGUGACAUUACUUUUUAAUUUCUCCUUGUCAUUUCGACCAUGAUCUUUAUUAUCACACCUUUCAGCCUGUUAUCCUGCAAUCGAUGCACGUUUCGCAAUUUGUAGUUUUAGUACAAAAAAAAUAUUGAUCCCUCUCCAGAGAAAGUAAACACAGCAAGUUUAAUCAAGUUUAUUUAGACAAUAAAGUGAAUUGUUAAAUAGUAAAAUCAGUCUCGAAAUUCUUUAUUGCAUUUUUAUAAACUGCGCAUCAACUUUUGACUGGUUUAAAUAACUGGAAAUGAUUUUUAAAAAAUCUUUUAAAACGGCCAGUUUUCUUGGCUUAAUUGUGAAUUUAUGACGCUCCACGAAAUGGAAUUUUAUCGAUUAAGGCCUUGGUACAACUUAACAGGAUUGAAGGCCAGUUUAAUAAAAAAAAUCCAUUUUUAUAGUAUAAAUAAGCAAUAGAGUCUCACGCAUAUUAUAUGACUUUUUCGCCUGCACUCUUAAUUUUAAUAUGCUUUCAUUGAUGUUCAUUUAUUCUUUGUAUUUAGGUAGCGAGACUUAAUCUCUAAAACGAAUAAUUGAAAACAGUGUUUUAAAAGAUUUUGUUCUGAAUUAUAGGUAAUGCCAGUCGUGGUCUCAAGUCGAUCUAUAUUUUGUUGCACGUGUUGGUAAGAUUGUAAUAUUUAUCAUUCUUGAGGAUAUAUUACAUACAGUUUCCACCAAAAAUAACUUGUCUUGUGUUUCUACUGGAAAUUCGAAAUGUAGUUUUUUAAUAUUGUAAAAAAAUAUUUUUUGUAAUACAUGCACGGAAGGUUCGAUUUUCGAUACAGUUGCCGAUUAUUGAAUCGUUCGAUAAAUUGUCUUUUCUUAAUCGCUGCUUUAAAGGAAAUACUUUCCAGUUCUGUCCGAAUCCCGGAUUCAGACCGGAAAGUUUCGAGAAACUAAACUAUAAACUACAUUUUUACUUUGCGAAUUACGUAAAUAUGUAAUUUUCAGCGUUGCUUCUCGGAACUUUCCGGCUCAAAUGGCAACAUAACCCCACAAUUGGCAUUAGCUUUAUGGUUUUUUGUCUAUUGUUCUUCAAAUCAAACAUUCCCUGCAUUUGUUAUAAAAUAGAGAAAAAAAGUGAAACCGAAGCGGAAAGUGCAGUUUUGACUCUGUUAUAUUGCAUCACUCGUCAAGGACUGCCUACUAUCCGCCCGUGUCACACAAUAUACUAAUUUCCGUAUCAUGUAGGGUUGCCAUAGGGCCUGAUAUUUAUUCUGAAAUAGAGGACAACGGUUUACACGUGGGGAAAAAUGGGGAGGAGAAAAGCUGACAGAUCGGAAAAAAGCUGGUAACCCUAUCAUGUAAUAAUUAUUAGUAUUAACUUGUGAAAGAUUAGGUUGAAAAAAAGUUUAUUCUAGACUCUUUAUGUAAUAUGUACGUUUAUUAUUAGAUAAUAAAGGUAAUGCGAAAA